AUGAUUCGUGCUGGAAAAUUCCUGUAUUUUCACUUCACCCGUUCAUCAGCACGAUAUUUGAGCUCUUUUGAAAGUGCACAAAAUCCAGUCAAUCUUUAUCCGAAUAGUGAUCCUAAUGCUGUUUUCAAGAAACCCAUAAAACUAAAUAUC